GGGCUCCGGGGGUCGCUCCAGGUGAAGGGGGUCCCCAGGUGAGGGGGGUCCGGCAGGCGAAGGGGGUCCCCAGGCUCCCCCUGACCCUCCCGGGGCCCCCACCAUGGACCUGCCCAUCCGCCGCUCCCGCCGCGAGCUGGUGGAGGCCGUGAAGGAGCGGCCCUUCCUCAUCGUCACCGGCGAGACGGGCAGCGGCAAGAGCACGCAGCUGCCCAGGUACCUCUACGAGGCAGGCCUGGCCAAGCACGGGGCCAUCGGUGUCACCCAGCCCCGGCGCGUUGCCACCAUGUCGGUGGCGCAGCGGGUGGCCGAGGAGAUGGGCUGUGCCUUGGGCACUCUCGUGGGGUACCAGGUCCGCUUCGACGACUGCACCUCCGAGGACACUGCCAUCAGGUAUAUGACUGAUGGCUGCCUGUUGAGGCAAAUCCUGACAGACCCUCUCCUCAGCAAGUACAGCAUCAUCAUUUUGGAUGAAGCCCAUGAGCGCAGCCUCAGCACUGAUAUUUUAUUUGGUUUGCUGAAGAAACUCUUUCUACAGAAGAAACCCCCGGGCAGGAAGACAGAGAUGAAGGUGGUGGUGAUGUCAGCCACCCUGGAGGUGGACAAGCUCUCUGAGUUCUUUGGACACUGCUCAGUGCUGCACAUCCCAGGGAGGAGUUACCCUGUCAAGGAGAUAUUCUGCAACCUGCUGAGCCCCAGGGACGUGGGCAGCUCUGCCUAUGUCACAGAGGCUGUAAAAGUCACACUGGAUGUGCACCUGAAUGAACCAGAAGGCGACAUCUUGGUUUUCCUGACAGGUCAAAUUGAGAUAGAAAAAGCCUGUGACUUGCUCUUCAAGAAAGCAGAGUCCAUUGAUUACCGCUACGAGGUGCACGAUCAGGCCGUGGAGGGGUUGCUUAUCCUACCUCUGUAUGGCUCAAUGUCAACAGAUCAACAGAAAAGGAUAUUUUUGCCAGCUCCUACGGGCAUUAGAAAAUGUGUGGUGUCCACAAACAUUGCUGCAACAUCUCUGACCAUCGAGGGAGUCAGGUACGUCGUAGACAGCGGGUUUGUGAAGCAGCUGAAUCACAACCCCCGAGUUGGCUUGGACAUACUGGAGGUGGUUCCCAUUUCAAAGAGCGAGGCGAAGCAGCGAGCUGGCCGAGCCGGCAGGACCUCGGCCGGGAAGAGCUACCGGCUGUACAGCAGGGAGUUCUGGGAGCAGUGCAUGCCCGACCACACCGUCCCAGAGAUCAGGAGGACCAGCCUGACAUCUGUCAUCCUGACCUUGAAGUGCCUCUCCGUGCAUGAUGUCAUCAGGUUUCCCCAUUUGGACCCCCCUGAAGAAAGACAUAUUUUAGAAGCUCUCAAGGAACUUUACCAGUGCAGUGCUAUUGACAGGAGAGGCCAUGUGACAAGACUGGGAGAAUUCCUGGUGCAGUUUCCCCUCCCUCCCAACCUGAGCUGUGCUGUCAUAAAAGCUGCUUCCCUGGACUGUGAGGAUCUCCUGCUCCCCAUUGCAGCCAUGCUGUCCGUGGAAAACGUCUUCAUCCGGCCAGGUGAUCCUCAGAAGCAAAAGGAGGCUGAGCUUCAACACCAGGAACUUUCCUCACAAGUGGGAGGAUGCAAUGACUUUGCAACCCUCUUAAAUAUUUUUGAACAGUGCAAAGCAAGCAAGUCUCCCUCAGCCUGGUGCCAGAGACACUGGAUCCAUUGGAGGGCUUUAAAAUCUGCUUUUAGCGUGGAAAAACAGCUCCGGGAAAUCACCAGUAAACUGAAAGAGCUGCCAGACUUCCCCAAAGAGACAUUUGAAGGCUCCAGAACUGAAAUACUGAGGAGGUGCCUGUGUGCAGGAUACUUCAUCAAUGUAGCUCGGAGAUCUGCAGCCAGGACAUUCUGCACAAUGGACGGACAUGGCAGCAUUGUCUACAUCCACCCCUCAUCCACACUGUACAACCAGGAGACUCUGCUGGAGUGGAUCAUCUUCCACGAUGUCACCGUGACGUCCAAGAUCUACGUGCGGACGGUGUGUCCCGUGCGCUACGAGUGGGUCAAGGACCUGCUGCCCAGGCUGCACCAGAUCGAUGCCUAUGAGCUGAGCAGUGUGGCCAGGGAGGAGGUGACAGAGGAGGAAAUAACCAGGUGGAAGCACAGGGAGGACCUGAAGAGGCAGUUUGGAGCCACAGACAACUCUGCCAAGAAGAUGGAGAGAAGGAAUGAUGAGCAGUCCAUCCUGGAUGCCAGAGCCCGUUACCUGGAGAGGAAGCAGCAAAGAGCACAGGGUUUAGGUGGCCCAGUGAAAGAAACGGGGUGAUUCUGGUUGCAGCUCCACUCCCACGUGAGGGAGGGCGGUUUAUGCAGCUCUGGGGAUGUUUGCACGAUGCAAAAUGACUCAGAGGAAUGGAGGGAAACUUCUGCUUUGUGGUUAUUGGAGUGCAGAAGAGUAAAACACAACCUUCCUUUGCUGCAUCCAGCAGGGAAAAGUGACCAAGCUGAAUUUUGUUGCUGCGUGUCACUGGCAGCAGUUUACUGGCUGGAAGGCUGUGGUGCCAAUUCUGCGGCAUUUAAUUGACUCAGAAAGGUCUCAGUGCCAAUAAAAAUAAAAUUUUCUUAAAGAU